AUGACGGAAAAUGAUGCAAUCAGGAAUACAGAGCAAUUUCUCAAAAAAAUGAAAUGCUAUCCGUUGACAAAUAAUACGUUGCUACAAAUGAAAGUGAUUCAGGUACCCUUGGGGACAAGCUAUUGCAAGUUGAAAAUGGUAAACAAAUCUAAUUCAAAAUCGGUAGUGACAAAUUAUUAUCAAGCUGAUGUUACGUCGAUUAAAUUAUCGGUGUUAAUCGAACUGAUAGUAUACAUAAUAGAAGAUUCGAUAUACGAGCUAGCUGAUUUAGAAUUUGAAUAUGUUUUAUGCGAUAUUAAAAAUAUUAAUGGAAUAUUAGGAUAUUUUAUUACUAUUUGUGCUGAGGCAGAUAAAUAUACAACCGAGUACAUGGAUCAAAGUAUAGAGAAAUAUCUCACAUUGUUUAAGGAGAUUUUGAAAGAUAUCUCAGAAGAGGAAUUUAAUAAUUAUAAGGAAUCGAUAAAGCAAAGUUGGCAUAUACACGAUGUUUACAAAAAAGUUGCCAGAAACUGGAAUGAAAUCACGAAAUUUGAAUACAUGUUUAACAGAUUUCAAAAGAGAAAGCUUGCACUAAAAAACAUAAAAAUCGAUGAGAUAAGAAAAUGGUUUGAAGAGCACACACUAAAUGGAAAAAAUUUUAGAAAAUUGAGCAUACAAAUAGCGGGUACUCCGAAGAAAGAAGUCAAUGAAGCAAGUUAUAGCGCAAAGAAAUUACAGUACUUUGCUUUGAAUUACAUAAUCAACGAUCAACAGUAUCAGACCGUGGUAGAUUACAAAAAAAAACUCUAUAUUUAUCCAGUGAGCGAGGGAUCCUAUCACAUUAUAUAA